GUGUGGAUCUUUGUUGUGGAUUCUUUCAUUCUUACCUUCGUCGGUUAGAGAUCGACAUUAUGACACUUCACAACGUUCACACACAAGCGCUUACAGUCUCUGCAGCACUGGGAUUAAUGGUUAUAAUGGGUUAUUUUGUGGGCAAACGAAAAUCAAAGUUGUCAAGAAUGUCUGGUAAAAGUCACGUGGAAGGUAGAGAUGAUCCAGUGAUGCAGUAUCUCCUGACUCACUCGCUGAGAGAACAUCCAGCUCUUAAAAAACUACGUCAGAAAACUAUGGAGCAUCAGUUGAACUUCAUCAUGGUAGCCUGUGAGCAGUCCCAGUUUAUGGCCAAUCUGGCCAGAUUAAUACAGGCCAAGAAAGCUAUUGAAAUUGGUGUAUAUACAGGCUACAAUGCAGUGAGUAUUGCUCUUGCCUUGCCUGAAGAUGGAAAAUUGAUUGCAUGUGACGUGAAUGAGGAAUUCACCAACAUUGGAAGACCUUUUUGGAAAUUGGCAGGUGUUGAUCAUAAAAUAGACCUGCGUCUGCAGCCUGCACUAAAAACACUGGAUGAGCUGUUGGCUGCAGGUGAAGCCGAAACAUUUGAUUUCGUCUUCAUUGACGCUGAUAAAGUCAAUUACGACAACUACUAUGAGAAAUCUCUCCAGCUGCUCAGAAAAGGAGGAAUAAUCGCCAUAGAUAAUGUCUUGUGGAGCGGUAAAGUGGUGAAUCCAGCUGAAGGAGAUGUGGACACCACUAGCAUCGAUAAUCUGAACAAGAAACUUCACAGAGAUAUCAGAAUCAAUCUGAGCAUGCUCACUGUGGGCGACGGCCUAACGUUAGCGUUUAAACUGUGAAUUUAUACAAGCUAACACACAACU